AUGCUCCGCGGUCAAGCAGUAUCAUGGCGAACAGCCCUCCGGACGGGCCAACGCACCAUAUGUAGAGAUUGUCGGCGCCAACUCCUCCAGAGAGGAGGUCUAUAUGCUUCCGCGACCCCUCCAAAUCCCUCACCGCGACCUUUUCUGAGCACCCGAUCUGGAUUACAAAUACGAGAGUUCUCCUCCCAUCCAGUCCGUCGAAAAGAGAAACCCCCGGAGGACGAGACAUCACCUCAGCCGGAAGGUGCAGACGCGAAAUCAAAAAAGAUCGAGAAUGAGUUAGACGAAGCACCGCAAACCGAGGACAGUGCCGAAGCGAAAAGAUCGCCUUCCGAGCCUCAACCUAUACCCCAACCUUCUAGCGAUGGGAAGCCUGCAGCAGGCGGAAAUGGCGGAGAGUCUUCAGGAGGCGGACAAGGCUCCGGAAGCGGUGGUGACGGCGGCAAGCGAGGACGAAAGACCACUCAAAUAUCGAAGCCUACUGUGCCGGAGAUAUACCCUCAAGUGAUGGCAAUUCCUAUUGCCAAACGACCUCUUUUUCCAGGCUUUUACAAGGCAAUCACGAUCAGGGAUCCAAAUGUGGUGGCGGCUAUUACAGAAAUGAUGAAACGAGGCCAACCGUACGUGGGAGCGUUUCUGUUCAAGGACGACACUGCGGAUAAGGACAUUAUUGAGAAGAUCGACGACGUCCACGAUGUCGGAGUAUUCGCCCAGAUUACCAGUGCAUUUCCUGUGCAUGGAGAUGACCAGAGUUUGACUGCCGUACUAUAUCCCCAUCGUCGGAUCAAGAUGACCGCCCUUCUACCUCCGUCCACACCGGGAGAACAAGCUCCGUCAACUGUUGAAGUCCAACCUGUUAAGGAGGGCAAACCGAAGGCAGAGGCUGCCGAGAGCAAAGGCGAUGUGGUGGCGAGCUUCGAGGAGCCCAACAAAGAGCAAGCACAAGCAACACAACUGAGCGUCUACGAGCCAACUGCAUUCCUCCGAAAGUUCCCUGUGUCUUUAGUCAACGUCGAGAAUCUCGCCGAGCAGCCGUAUGAGAAAAAGAGUGACGUUAUCAAAGCUCUUACGGCAGAGAUUGUCAAUGUCUUCAAAGAAGUUGCUACCCUCAAUCAGCUUUUCAGGGAUCAGAUAUCUGACUUCAGCAUGUCUCAGUCCGCAGGCAAUGUUCUUGAAGAGCCUGCGAAGCUGGCCGAUUUUGCUGCUGCCGUUUCUGCCGGCGAGAUCGAUGAGUUGCAGGACGUUUUACAGACAAUGAAUGUUGAAGAGCGCCUGCACAAAGCACUUGUUGUCCUGAAAAAGGAGCUCAUGAACGCCAAACUUCAGAACAAGAUCACCAAGGAUGUGGAGAGCAAGAUUCAAAAGAGGCAAAGGGAGUACUGGCUCAUGGAGCAGAUGAAGGGUAUUCGGCGAGAGCUGGGUAUUGAAUCUGAUGGCAAAGACAAGUUGGUCGAAAAGUUUAAGGAGAAGGCACAGAAGCUUGCCAUGCCGGAAGCCGUCAAGAAGGUGUUCGAAGAGGAGCUUAACAAGCUGGCCCAUCUCGAGCCUGCAGCUUCAGAAUUCAAUGUCACGAGAAAUUACCUUGAUUGGAUUACCCAGAUCCCAUGGGGCCAAAGAAGUGCUGAGAAUUUCGGUAUCAAAAACGCCAUGACCGUACUUGAUGAAGAUCACUAUGGACUGAAGGACGUCAAGGACCGGAUUCUUGAAUUCAUUGCGGUGGGCAAGCUUCGCGGCACGGUCGAAGGCAAGAUCUUGUGCUUCGUUGGGCCACCUGGUGUCGGCAAAACCUCAAUUGGAAAAUCGAUUGCUCGAGCUCUGAACAGGCAAUACUACCGCUUCAGCGUUGGUGGUCUUACUGACGUUGCUGAGAUCAAAGGCCAUCGUCGAACUUAUGUGGGUGCCUUGCCUGGUAGAAUAAUACAGGCCUUGAAGAAAUGCCAAACGGAGAAUCCUCUGAUCCUCAUCGAUGAAGUCGACAAGAUCGGUCGUGGCCACCAAGGAGAUCCAUCGUCUGCCCUACUCGAAUUGCUCGACCCUGAACAGAACUCAAGCUUUUUGGAUCACUACAUGGAUGUGCCCGUUGACCUCUCCAAAGUUCUGUUUGUCUGCACAGCUAACAUGACGGACACCAUCCCACGCCCUCUCCUUGACCGUAUGGAACUGAUUGAGCUCAGCGGCUACGUUGCUGAUGAGAAAAAGGCCAUCGCCGAUCGAUACCUGGCGCCGCAAGCGAAGGAGAUUUCCGGGUUGAAGGAGGUGGACAUUAAACUCGACGAAUCUGCCAUUGAAGAGUUGAUUAACAAAUACUGCCGCGAGUCAGGGGUGCGCAACCUCAAGAAACAAAUUGAGAAAGUAUACCGCAAAUCUGCGCUCAAGAUCAUUCAAGACCUGGGUGAAGAUGUCCUUCCAGAGUCAAAAGCGCUCACUGAAGAAGGCAAAGCUGCGCUCGAAGAGAGCAAAAAGGACGACUCCGAUGUCAAGGACACCCCCGAGAAUAUUGAAAAGGAGACAACAGAGCAACCGCGUGUUGCGCUGAAAGUCCCUGAUUCAGUACAUGUGACGAUCACAAAAGACAAUCUGAAGGACUUCGUCGGACCACCGGUCUUCACAUCAGACCGUCUGUAUGAGAAGACGCCACCCGGUGUCGCUAUGGGCCUGGCUUGGACUAGUAUGGGUGGUGCUGCACUGUAUGUUGAAUCGAUCCUGGAAUCUGCGCUGUCACACUCCAGCCGUCCUGGACUCGAGCGUACGGGCAAUCUGAAACCAGUCAUGAAGGAGUCAACGUCGAUUGCGUAUUCAUUUGCUAAGCACGUCAUGGCAACCCAAUUCCCCGAGAAUCUCUUCUUUGACCACGCCAAGAUUCAUCUCCAUUGUCCCGAAGGUGCUGUUCAGAAGGACGGCCCGUCCGCCGGUAUCACCAUGGCUACGUCUCUGCUCAGCCUGGCAAUGAAGCAGCAGGUCGAUCCAGCGCUCGCCAUGACAGGUGAACUCACCGUUACCGGAAAAGUGCUCCGGAUAGGUGGACUACGUGAGAAGACAGUGGCAGCAAGACGUGCGGGAUGUUCGAAGAUUUUGUUCCCCAAGGACAACUGGGGUGAUUGGUGUGAACUGCCCGAGAACAUCAAAGAAGGCAUCGAAGGCCACGCGGUCGACUGGUAUAGCGACGUUUUCGACAUUGUUUUCCCCGACGCCAAAACCGAAGUGAUCAACAAUUUGUGGAAGGAUGCCUUAAAAAAGUCCAAGGACGAUAAAGAGAAGGAUAACGAUGAAGAAGAUGGUUGA